AUGUUGCGAAGAAAGCGCGCCCCAGUUAUACGCCGAGACUUUACCGAUCCCUCACUCGAGAAGUUCCACUACGAGCUACCUUCUGUCGAGUCCUCGAAUAAAACAAUAGGUAUACACCUAUCUCUCAAGAACUUGAUCAAAAUUUCGUUGAGGAAAUGGCCACUUCUGAAAACAAAGCCCGCGCCCUACGCGGCGAGCUCUACUACGCCUUUACCCCAGAACUCGUCCAAGCAAGACGACGUGCUUCACAAGCCUGCCUCUACACAUAUCUUACCCUACCUUUCCUCUCAGUUAGAAAUACAUAUAUUAAAAACAUACAAUACUUAUUUCAUUUUUUAUCCGGCUAGUAUCACAGGCGACCCAACCCCCCUUCCUCCACCAGCAGCAACCUCAGAAGCAGACGAAGAGCUCUUCGCUCAAGACGCAUGGGUCGAAGCACCGAUUCACAUCGACUACGGAACGAAUCUCGAGCUGGGAAAAAACGUCUUUAUCAAUUUCAAUUGCACAAUUCUGGACACGUGCAAAGUAACAAUUGGAGCCAGAACCUUGCUUGCUUCGAACGUGUCACUGUACAGUGGAACGCACCCCUUGGAUCCCGACGUGCGAAAUGGGACACAAGGGCCGGAGAUGGGAGGGGAGAUUCAUAUUGGUGAGGAUUGUUGGUUGGGGGGCAAUGUGAUUGUGUUGCCUGGUGUCACUAUUGGACGAGGAUGUACUAUUGGUGCGGGAAGUGUGGUUACUAAGGUAGGUGGAAUUUUACCCAUUGGAGAUGUAUCAAGUUCGAACUCGAUUUGA